AUGACAAGUUUUGGUUGGAAAAGGAAAGUUGGGGAAAAGUUACGCAAGACUACAGCCGUCACCUUUAGUUCUGAUGCUACAGAUGCCGUAGAUGAGGAGAGCAAUGAAGUUGAUUGGCUGACUCUAGCUCCUAAAAGAAAGUUUAUAUCGCUAGAAGAUAGUCUGUCCAAGAGCGAACGCCUGAAAGCCGAAGGGGCAGUUCUGGCAGAGUCCGAGCGGUAUUGGGAGGCUAUAAAGAAAUGGGAUGAAGCCAUGCAACUGACCCCACUCAACGAGAAGAUCUUGGAAAUGAAAGCCCAGGCUCUGAUGGCUGUCGGAGAAGUGUUUCCUGCUCUACAGGCAGCGGAGAGGGUCGUGGCGUUGACGCCUACAUGGUGGGUUGGUCACCAGACAUUGGGACGAGCACUGGCUAAUAUUGGUGAGGUCAAACUGGCUUUGAAAAGUUUUGCAAGAGCCGUCCACCUCAAUCCAGUCAACGAGGAGCUCUGGCUGGAGGAUCUGAUGUGGACCAAGUCUCUGCUGGAGAGGAAGAAGCUAGCAGCAUCAGCUGUUGAAGAGCAGCUGCCACAUGGCAGGCUGGUGGUCACAGAGUUAACAGAUGAAGGUAUUUCAGCUAGUGGUGGUCAGGAAAAGGAGAACUCUUUAGUUGUGUAUUCUAAGACAGAGAGCAGCACAGAUGCAGGCUCUCAUUCAGAAAGAAAUGAGCACCUUAGAGUGGUGCCCACAAAUUAUGUUCAGAUGAGGGAUGCAACCUGA